UGAGGUUAGAUUAUUGAAACCUCGAUGUGUACACGAGUAGAUCUGUAGUAACGUGUAUAAUAUUUCAUACCGUUUGAAAAGACAGUGUUACUAAUUAAUAUUAAGUAUCCGAACUUUAUUGGAUGAGUUAAUGUUAUUAUAGUUGAGAAAAUGGGCAGUUUAAUGGGCAUACGUUUCUGCACCAAUACUCAGUUGAGAAAUUGUGCAGUAAUUUCAGCAUUCAAGCCGAUAAAAAAAUAUAUAUAUCAUUGUUCGUCGAAUAACGGGAUACAACGUCUUCAGAGCCGGCAAAAGUCUCCACAGAUAAAUCAGUGUUGUGACAGUUUUCAUUUUUUACCUUGUAAAUGCAUCAGAGUGGAUAAUGCGAGACACUUUUCGACGGCCUCUGUGUUGGCGAAAAACAAAAACCGUGGCGAAAAGAAGCAAAAGCCACAGCAUAUUGAUUAUAAUGAGUUUGAGCAAGUCGUCGAUACAAAUAAAUUAAUAUCUCAAUUCGACAAGACAAUCGAAGACUUAAAAUCUGACUUCACUCAGCACUUGUCAGUAAGAUCGAGUAUGGGUGCCAUUGAGAUGUUGCCCAUUAAAUUUGAGGGCAAGGAUUACACAUUGCAAGAGUUUGCGCAAAUUAGUCGUAAACCUAAAUUGGUAGUGCUGAAUGUAUCUACUUUCCCGCAAGCUAUUCCAGAUAUUCUGAAAAGCAUUGCGAGAAACCAGAUGAAUCUAAAUCCGCAACAAGAUGGGACUACAAUUUAUAUUCCUAUUCCUAAGGUAACAAAGGAACACAGAGAAACUUUAUCUAAGAAUGCAAAAAACUUUUAUGUAAAAUGCUGCGACCAUAUCAGAGACGUACGCAAUAAACAAAUUAAGAUAGUAAAGCAAAAAGAAAAACUGGCUAAAGAUUUAGUAUUCAGAGUAGAAAAUUAUAUAGACAUUCUUAGUCAUCAGUAUACGAGUAAAGCUGAACAAAUGCUCGAAACCAAACAAAAAGAGUUAUUAGGUGAUUCUGAAUAAAAUUAUUUGAUUUCAACAAUUUGCAAUUUCAGAUUUGAAUUAUGCUGCUAAUAGUUGUAUGCAAAUGUAAUAUUAAUAUACAUAAUGUAUAUAUAAUAUUUAAUUAAGUAAUAAAAAGACAUAUACAUUCACUUUUUAAAA